GAUGAGACCAAAGUUGAACAUACCAUUACCAGAAGAGCAUUCAGGAGAUUCCAGGAGACAAGAGCAUGGAGGAGAUUCCAGGAGACAUGAGCAUGGAGGAGAUUCUAGGAGACAAGAGCAUGGAGGAGAUUCCAGGAGACGAGAGCAUGGAGGAGGUUCUAGGAGACAUGAGCAUGGAGGAGAUUCCAGGAGACAAGAGCAUGGAGGAGAUUCCAGGAGACGAGAGCACGGAGGAGAUUCCAGGAGAUGAGAGCACGGAGGAGAUUCCAGGAGAC